UUCUCUUGCGGUUCAAUGACGCACUUGAAUGAUCCCAACCACAAGAAGAUGGCGGAGCCCACAGUUCGGAUCUCCGGAAUAGUUUUGACUUCUUUAAUGUUUCAGCACGUCAAUAAGGACUCGGACGUGGAAGGUUUGAUCCUGGGCGAGAACCACGUCGAAGAGUACGUGACUAUCAGCGACAACCGAGACGACAACGUCCACCUCCGACAAACUUCCAGCAUCCACAAACACGUGUGUUGCCACAAACUCCACACCUGGUAUGAUGCAGCAGGAAGGGUGAACAUGGAGGCGAUCCACAGGCUCCUGGGGGGCAACAAUCCUGAGCGUGUGAUUGGCUGGUACCGCCAACGCAGGAACUCGGAGCAGCGAAUGACGAUGCGCGAGAAGGCGGUGCACGAGAACUUGAAGAAGGCGCUGCGCAUGCCACACGCCAUCUUCCUGCUGGUGACGCCCGCCGCUCUGACAGAGGCCGGCUCUACCCACCGCACGGAAUACGCCGCGUUCCUCUCCGCUGACAGGCAGGUCGCCGUGGUUGUCACCAACAUGGCGUCGCUGGACCAUCAGGCCUAUUGGACGGCCUCCCCACCGUACUCGGCGCCAGGCUACCGGCGUGCUAUUGGCCGGCACAGUUCUAAGUUGUUGGACGCCAGUGGUCAGUUGGCAUACGUGGACGCCGUCAACGCCAUGAACAAGUCGCUGCAGGACGAGCUUCAGAGGGCAUGUGGUGCCGUGAUGGACAGCGAGCACGCCGUGCAGAAGACGCUCGCCGAUGUUUGCGCACUCAGGAAGAAGCUCAGCGACAGCAAGUCGGCCAUAACCAGCAAAGCAGAGGGCGAGCCUGUCGUGAAAAGGAAUGCCCGCCUCCAGCUGGCCAUCCACGCACUCUCGGCCCGCUCGCCGCUCUUCGGCUCCUGCACGUUAACAUUGGAUGCCUUCCCCGUGCCGGACGCCGCGUGUGCCGAGAUGAAGCUCCGCCCUCAGCGACCAAUUGCGGCUGGGAAAAGGACAGCCGUCGCGCUGCUGGCCAGCAGGAGGAAGCGGCGCAAGGGUGAUGCCACAUAAUGAUGACGUGCCAGCAAGAAAGAUGGCACUGUCAGGAGUUUUGGACUUUAUUUACAUUUAUUGGCUAGUGAUGGACAAAAGGAGGCGGGGUUAAUCCACAUGUUUGAUGCUGCAGAUGUUGGGGUCUCGCAUCAAGUCGGGAUGUUUGUGUGUCACCGACAUGAAACCUAAACACACACACACACACACACACACACUAAUUAGAAACCAAAUUGCUUUGUUAGGGCCUCUGGUGGUAAUCUUGAUGCUGAGCAACUAUGUUGAAGUGACCUUUGUGUUAUGCCUAGGCGCCAUCUUGUAGCAUUUACACUAGUGCCUUAAGAUAAAACUUGAAUUCCAUCGGUGACUUUCCAGAAAAGAACAUGGUGAUAGGGUUUUAAUGAGAAAAUUGCGCUAUAUAUAUAUAUAAAA